CAGUUGCUCUCGAAAGAGUGUCCAACGCCUCCCUACGAAGAAUGGCCACCGACGGACCGCUGGUGAAGCAUUUGCCGGACUUUUUCAACCGCUCGCUGGUGCAACGGAUUUUGGAGGAAAAUCUACCCGUUCGUCCGGUGCACGUGGACGAGUUUUCCGGAACGUCGGCCACCAAGCCGGGUGAUAACUACAGCAGCGAUGUUUUCACGAUCACCGUGCGUUACAACGGGACCGAGGAGAUCCGGCUGCUGGCCAAAAUUAUGGCAAAUGUGGGAAUGAUAAAAGAUUUCGCCGAAAGUUUGUGCCUGUUCGAGAAGGAGGUCGAAACGUUCCGACAGAUUUUGCCCACCUUUUCCGAGCUCGUGACACCCGCCGGUGCCAGUGAAGCGAUCCGGUUCGGAGCACGGUGCUACUACGCGGCCAGCGAGCCCACCGAAACGAUCGUGUUCGAUGAUCUGAAGACGCUCGGCUAUCGGCUGCCGGAUCGGACGAAAGGUGGACUGGAUUUCGCACAUUGUGAGUUGAUCAUGAAGAAGAUUGGACUGUUCCAUGCGGCAUCGAUGGUGUACGCCGCCCGUGGCCCGAAGGAACUGGAACAUCUUUCCCGACGCUACUCGCACGGACUGGUGCGGACGGGCGAUACCUUUGACAACAACCCGGCACUGGCCAUGUUCACGAAUGGAUUGGAAAAGUUUCUGGAAGUGGCGCCCGGCUGGCCGGAACUUGAUCGUGGCAUUCUGGGCAAGCUGCAAGCCUUGCGCCCGGUCUACACGCAGCGUAUAGUGGAGUGCUACACGGCGGCCGCUUCCGAUGGGUACAAGGUGUUGAACCAUGGUGAUCUGUGGAGCAGCAACAUGAUGUUCCGCUACGGGCACGACGAUGCCAACAGCGACACCGACGUGCGGGAGGUCAUGUUUGUCGAUUACCAGAUUUGCAACUACGGCAGCCCGGGGCUCGAUCUGGUGUACUGUCUUUACAACUGUUCCCGAUUCGAGGUGCGCGAGAAGCGCAUCGGCGAGCUGUUGCAGAUUUAUCACUGCUCGUUAGCGGAUGGCCUGAAGACGGCCGGUUAUCGGGGAUCGGUCCCGACACUCGCCGACGUCCAGCGGGAGUUUGAUCGCCAUGAGUUUAUCGGACUUUUGAGUGGACUCUCGAUGCUGCCGGUCAUUUUGUUGCCACGCUUGGACGACAUUGUGUUAACGUUCGACACCUUCUUUGACAAGCAGCACGCCGAUCGACUCCGUCAAAUGCAGUACACGGGCGAAAAGUAUCGUCGAUCGGUCAUUCCGCUGCUGGAUCGUCUAAAUGCCAAGGGACUGUUGAAGUGAGGAUGCCAACCGGGAAGACAAGGCCAUUAAAAAACUUUAAAUAAACUUUUACUUCGGAAACCGA